CUCCCUCGGAAAUGGAGAAGAGAGCUCCAGCGUGAUCCAGAAACCCCAGGGCUUCCUCCUUUUCUCACUCUCCCUGAUUUUUCCCUUUUGAAAACCCUGGAAAUUGGGAUUUCAUUGCUUGAUCGGAACUCAAUUGAGAUGGUUGGAGGGAGGCCUGUAACUGGGAAUUUGGAUUUUUGGUUUAGGAACCUGAUGGUUGCUGAUGGUGCGGAAAAGAUGGAAGGAGUUGCCUUGAAUGGAUGGAAGGAUCUUCCAAUGGAGCUCCUACUGAGGAUCGUUUCCCUCGGCGAUGAUCGAACGGUCAUCGUCGUGUCGGGGGUCUGCACUGGAUGGAGAGAUGCUAUUUGUGCCGGGUUAGGUCGCCUUUGUCUGUCAUGGUGCAAGGAUAAUAUGAACAAUCUUGUGCUGUCGUUGGCUCCAAAAUUUGCAAAGCUUCAGACUCUUUCCUUACGCCAGAACAAACCUCAACUUGAGGACAACGGUGUAGAAACAAUUGCAAACUAUUGUCAUGAUUUGCGAGAAUUGGACCUAAGCAAGAGCCUCAGGCUUAGUGACCAAUCAUUGUAUGCCUUGGCUCAUGGGUGCCCACGCCUUACCAAACUCAAUAUCAGCGGUUGCUCGUCCCUUGGUGAUGCUGCCCUUGCCUAUUUGACUAGUUUCUGCAGGAACCUAAAAAACUUGAACCUAUGUGGCUGUGUGCGAGCUGCAUCUGACAGAGCCUUGCAGGCAAUUGGACUUAACUGUAGGCAGUUGCAGACAUUAAAUCUGGGUUGGUGUGAGACUGUGACUGAUAAGGGAGUAAUCGGUUUGGCACUAGGAUGUCCUGAUUUGAGAGCUUUGGACUUGUGUGGUUGCAUUCUUAUAACAGAUGAGAGUGUAAUUGCUUUGGCAAACGGCUGCCCUCACCUGAGAUCCUUAGGCUUGUAUUACUGCCAGAACAUAACCGAUAGAGCAAUAUAUUCACUGGCAGAAAACAGCCGAGUAAAGAGAAAACACGUGUGGGAUUCAGUACAUCGGAGCCACAGCAGUAGCAACAACGAGAAAGAGGGGCUUAUGAACCUCAACAUCAGCCAGUGCACUGCAUUAACCCCUAAUGCUGUUCAAACUCUGUGUGACUCGUUUCCAGCGCUUCACACUUGUUCAGGGCGUCAUUCACUUAUUAUUAGCGGAUGUCUUAGCCUUACUUCCGUGCACUGUGCUUGUGCGGUACAAGCUCAUCCUCGUGCUGGUAUCGGGCUCGCGGAUCAUGCUUAUUGAGAAGUGAAAUGGGAUAUUGGUGGUUCAAAGAGCUCUUUUGGAAGGAGGCGGGUCUCUUUCAAGUUGUACAGUUGUAAUUAUUAUGUUGUAGCAGAAUGCUUGUGUUGUUUCUGAAGGACUGUAGGAACUAUAAUUGAGGAAUUGCGAUGAGUUUGUUUCUGUGCA